GAAAAAAUGCUGAAUCUAUGUCUUCUCUCUUUCUUCCUCGUGUUCUUAGUCUUCUUCAUUCCGCAAAUAUCUUUCUCUUGUCCACAAGACCAACUACAAUCCCUUCUUGAGUUCAAGAACUUGCUGACUCAGAACAUCAAGAACCACUCUACAGAACCAAGCACCCUGGAAGGUUUAGAGACAUGGAGGCCAAACUCAGAUUGCUGCAAAUGGCAGCUCGUCAGAUGCAACAGUCGUUCCCCUACCAGAGAAGUGAUAGACCUGAACCUGCACUCUCUUGUCCUCUCUGGCUCAGUGAGUUCAAGCAUUCUGAGACCAGUUCUGCGUAUAAGCUCUCUUGUGACGCUCGAUCUCUCAUCUAAUUUCAUACAAGGAGAGAUUCCUGGAGAUGGGUUUGUGAAUUUGACUAGGUUCAUCUCUCUUGACAUGAGUGAUAACAACUUUAACGGUUCUAUCCCUCCUGAGUUAUUCUCCUUGAAGACUCUUCAGCGCCUUGACUUAAGCAGUAAUGUUAUUGGUGGUACGUUGAGUGGUGACAUAAAAAAUCUCAAGAACCUGCAGGAACUGAUCUUGUAUGAGAAUUUCCUUGAGGGAGAGAUUCCUCCAGAAAUAGGUAGUCUUCCUGAACUGCGGACGCUGACACUGAGGCAGAACAUGUUCAAUGGUUCUAUCCCAUUGUCUGUGUCAGAGUUGAGGAAGCUCGAAACGUUGGAUCUCCAGAACAACUCUUUGUCUUUUGAGAUUCCCAACGGUAUUGGGAAGUUAGUCAAUCUAUCAACUCUGUCUUUGAGCAUGAACAAGUUGUCUGGUGGAAUUCCAUCGUCGAUUCAGAAUCUGGAACAUCUUGAAACCCUUGAACUUGAGAAUAACAAUGGCUUGUCAGGUGAGAUUCCCUUUUGGCUGUUUAGUCUUCAUAAGCUGAAGAUAUUGCGGCUAGGAGGAAACAAUCUCCAAUGGAACAAGAAUGGCUCUGUCUAUGCACAGUCUAAGUUAACACAUCUGUCACUUAAGUCUUGUGGUUUAGAAGGAAAAAUUCCGGAUUGGCUCAAGAAUCAAACAUCUCUUCUUUUCCUGGAUCUGAGCAGGAACAGACUCGAAGGAAGCUUCCCCAAAUGGUUGGCUGAUCUGGAUAUCGGAACCAUAAUUUUGUCUGACAACAAACUCUCAGGCUCAUUGCCUCCUAGUUUGUUUCAGUCUAUGAGUUUAUCGGUUCUUGCGAUAUCAAGAAACAACUUUUCUGGUCAGAUUCCUGAUACGGUAGGUGAAACAUCGGCCAUGAUACUGAUGCUGUCUGAAAACAACUUCUCAGGAUCAGUACCGAAGUCUAUUUCAAAGAUCCAUAGGCUGCUGUUGCUGGACUUGUCAAAGAACAGAUUAUCAGGUGAAUUCCCAAGGUUCGGUCCCGAAUCAAUGCUUGCAUUACUCGAUAUAUCCUCCAACGAGUUCUCUGGGGAGGUUCCAGCUUUCUUUGGAUCAAACACCAUAGUGCUUUCAAUGAGUCAGAACAACUUCAGCGGGGAAUUCCCUCCGGACUUUACUAAUCUCCCACUUCUGAUGCAUCUUGAUCUUCAUGACAACAAAAUCUCAGGUAACGUCCCGAGAAUAAUCUCGCGGCUGUCUUCUUCUCUAGAGGUACUUAGCCUGAGAAACAAUUCCCUGGAAGGUUCAAUCCCAGAAGGCAUAUCAAACCUCACAAGUCUCAAGGUCUUGGAUCUCUCAGAGAACAAUCUUGAUGGAUCUCUCCCUUCAUCUCUUGGGAAUCUCACAGGCAUGAGAGAAUCUCUCCCAAGCUCGUCUUCUCCUUUGCCUUUCAUGUUCAGCUUCACUAUCGAAAUACACGACUUAGCAGUGAACUGGAAGAAUUCAAAGCAAGGUCUUGCCAACAGAAACCUCUACCUCUACACUCUCAUAGACCUCUCCAAGAACAAGCUACUCGGAGAAAUCCCAACUUCUUUUGGCAAUCUCAAAAGCUUAAAGCUUCUAAACCUCUCUUACAACGACAUCUCUGGAUCGAUCCCACAAAGUCUUGGAAAUCUUGAGAAGGUAGAGAUCUUAGACCUUUCACACAACAAUCUCUCUGGCGAAAUCCCGCAGACACUUUCCAAGCUCAUCGAGCUGAAUGUUUUGGAGUUGAGCAACAACAAGCUGACAGGCAGAAUCCCUGAGAGCCCUCAGCUAGACAGAUUGAACGAUCCGAACAUUUACGCGAACAACAACAAACUCUGUGGAGUACAAAUCCAAGUACCAUGUUCUACGCCGAUCCAGCAGCCAAAGGAGAAAGAUGAAGAGGAAGAUGAAACGAUGUUUUCAUGGAAAGCUGCAGUCAUAGGUUGUCCUUGUGGGUUUAUUAUGGCAGUUGUCGUAAUGUAUGUGGUUGGCUAUUUCAGUGGUUCACCACCACCACCACCAAGGCGAUCUCUCAAGAACAGAGGACUGAAGAAAUCUAUAUCUUUGUUUUCUUAAAACGAAGUGGAAGAUUAUUAUUACAUAUUCUGAUAAUGUAACAUGCAAAAAGAUAAACCGGUUUAUUUAAAUGUUAAGAUUUAAGACAAA